AUGACCAAAUUAUUGAUAGUUGUUACUUUAAUCGUCGUGUUAAUCGCUACAUAUUGUUCUUCCGAAACUUACAAUAUUAAAGUUGGUUCUCCAGAAGGAAAAUCUGUUUAUGACCCUCCAACUGUUAAUGUUAACUUACAAGAUAUUGUUUUAUGGGAAUGGGUAAGCGGUGUACAUACCGUUGUUCAAUCUGAUACACCAAAAAGUUGUCAAAAAUCUAUAUCAACAACAGCUUUUACUCCUUCACCAAUCUUAAAUGAAGCUGGGAAAACUUUUCAAAUUACAAUUACUGAACCAGGAAGUGGUAAAUUAUAUUAUUUUAGUAAUCAAGGUACAGAUUGUAUAGAUGUAACUCCAACUCCUAUUAGCAGUAAAGCAAAUGUUGGUUAUAAAUUUAAUGGAAAUAUUGUGGUGGCUGUUGCAAUGGCUGCUAUUGGCGUAAUUGGUUUAUUGCUCUAA